AUGUCCGUCAAUCGGAGGAACUGGUCCACUUUGUCCAGCUUGGCGCGCCAGUGGACAGUGGAGGAUGAGGAGGAGGUGGAGAGAGAGAGAAGGAGGAGGGUCAAGAGUUCAAGCAGUGGCUUCGACACCGAGGACGACUUCAGUGCAGUCCCCGACCCACCAGGCCCACCCACCAACAAACAGGAGUCCAACUCCCCACCUGACACCUUUCAGGACUCCAACAGUACAGAGCAGAUGCAGGUGGACUUUAUGGAGAUCCUACGUGUCCGGGAUGAGAAGCGCCAGCUAAGGCGCAUGGAGUCUCUGAGACGCCAGAAGGGGAUCACGGAGGAUGAUGAGUGUGGCAAUAGAGGGGCAUCCAGUGAGGAGCUGAAUAUGGAACAGUACAAACCCACUACCAAAUCACACCAGCCACAAAUGUCGACUGCCAUGAUCUCAAACGGACAUCAAGAAAAUGGAGAACCACCAGAGAAAGACCCCAUUUCCAGGCAACCAUCCAACCCAGCACGAAAGUUUGUCAGUUCUGUCUCAAUUUCUCUCGACAAGAGCCCCUCUACUAGCGGGCGCACAACACCUGCAAGCCCCAUCUCGCCAAUGAACCCAAGGUCACCUCAAGAAAAAUGGGCCUCACCCUGCAAUAGCCCUUCUCCUCAAUCACCUAUGACCCCCAUUCCCAAUGGACAUGCAACACAGGCUUGUGUAAUGAGCUCUUCAGCCAACAAUACAUCUGAGCCGACAACCAAACCUGUCUUCAUCAGGAAGAGCUCCAGGACCAUAUCUUUCAGGAUGAUAAGGAAGAAAGAGGAAGAGAGUUCACCGUUGCAGAGAAGUGCAAGUGUCAGGGUGGCCUCAAAAAAGUUUGACUUUGACAAGAACGAAUCCCCCAAAGAGGACAAAGAACCGUCUUUCCAAAGGAACUCAGCGCAACGAGUGUCAUCUCGGUCCAUCCGGGAGAAAAUGGAGAGACUGGCCCAGGCUGCACAGAAAUCAGAAACCGCUCGAUCUUCCGAUGUGAGCCAGCGCACCUUGUAUCUUGUGGACGAGGUGUCCAAGAAAAGAGGGCUCUUUGAGAAGGAUUUGCAUGCAGCGACCCCAAUAAAACCUUCCAACCAUGAAUUGAAACAUGUGGACAUCAGCAGCAAGAGGAGUUUGUUUGAGAACAGGAGCCUUGAAAAUGUCACAAACUCAAGACCAGGAAACAUCUACAAGUGA